UCGGCACCAGACUGCAUUAAACAUGCACCUGCAGACCAACAGGCGGGGACGUGUUAAUUACCUUUACCUGUUCACCUGCUCUGGCUGUGCAUUCUGUCAUGUUUAUGUUGACUAAAAUAAAUAAGGGUGCACAUUUAAUAGUCCUCACAUUCUGCAGGUUUCUCCCCUUUGUGGACUUAAGUUAGCCGUUUAGCGAAGACUUGAUUAUUUAUGAACCGUCAGGAUCUUUUCAGAAAGCAGUGAGUUGUCCUGCACAGGGGCUGUCAGACGACUUUUCAAGCGCUGAGGAAACCAUCUCUACACAAAUCCAAAGACUUUCAGGAAGGAAGGAGGAAAAAUCCUCCCGCCUGCUCGCCAUCCUCUCGUUGGUUUGAAUAUCGUCUCGUAGAAGGCAGGAACAGCGGAUGUUUUGCAGGAACACGGUAGCAGCAGGUGACUCGCAGCCGCAGAUCCAGACUGCAGAGCCAGAAGCACAAGCAGACAGCAACAUGAGGAGAGAGGAGAGAAAGCACAAGGCUACGGGAGAGGGAAGAAGUCGAAGAGCGGCAUGAGGCCGGACUCGGGGGUGAAGACGGAGGCCGUUGGCUCUGGACGUUUGGUGGAGCUGCUGAAGACGUCCGCGCAGUCCGAAGGUUUGGAGUUUGAAGCGAGACGUCGAUCGAAGAGGUCGGUGUUUUUACACUCCGGAGUGAGAAUCUGCCCCCAAGAGACCAUCAAUGAAGUGCUCGCCAGCCACCAGGCUUAUUACCAGCUCAGAGUUUGUCAGGAGGCCGUGUGGGAGGCGUUCAGGAUCUUCUUCGACAGGAUCCCCGGGACGGCGGAGUACCAGAAAUGGGUUCACACGUGUCACCAGGAGUCGCUCUGCAUCUCUGACCUCGGCAAAAACUUCAGCAGCUCCGAGGAGCACAUGAGCAUGAUUCACAGGAGGAUGAACCAGAGGACAGACGGGAGGACUCCAUCACGAGUGGUGACACCGAAACAGACGAUCCCUGAGAUAGCAGGUGCAGAGGUUCAGACCGCCGCCCCGACAGCGGCCCCACCGGCUUCCACCACGAGCACCACCGUCCUCCUCAGCCCUGCGAGAGCCUCUCCAAGCCCCGCCCUCGAUCCGACCCAGCCAGCAGAGGAGCUCGAGGAGGACUUGGAGCUUCCUAACGUGGUCCCUGAGAGUCCUGUGGAGCAGAUCGUGGAGUUCAGUAUCGACCUGGUGGAUCCGGGUUACAGAGAGCUGCUGGACGAUCCAGACUCCCCUCAGUACAUCGACCUGGCUCACCACCUGCAGGACCAGAUGCAGCACGUCUUUGACAAACUCCCAGGGUAUAAAGCCAUCCGUGUGCUGGGAAUCAGGCCUGGAGGAAUCUCGGUGCACUACUCCCUCGUCUUUGAGAUUAAUUCACCUAAAAUUAACUCUGAGAAUUCAGAGACGGCGACAGGCACCCCGGGGUCGUCAUCAGUCGUCAACGCCGGCCUCAGGGAAAUCGUGACCAAGGCUUUACGCGAGGACGCCUCGCUGCCAAUCGAUCUGGACUCACUGAACUUCGAACCAGCGGCAAACCGCCUACCAGCACUGACAUCGACCUCUUCAGUAGAAGUAGUGAUUGAGCCCAGUGAGCCUGAUUCACACAACGAGUUUGAAGUUUUCACUGAUGAGCCUGAAGUCGAUAAACCCCGGCUGGUGGUUCCCCUCACGCCCAUGGAGAAGGAAAAUGCCCUUGUGACCCUGCUAGAUCCCACGGCUAUCCCAGAUGAUGAGAUGACGGCGGUGACUGGUGGGAUGUCGGAAAGCAGCGAUCACUCCCCGGCCUCAAAGGAUAUGACUGAUGAGUCAGAGGCAAUUUAUGUGAGUGAGCCCGAACCAUCAAAUGAAGAAGGGGAGGAAGAAGAAUUGCUUAUCAUUACACAUGAGAUUAAAACCAUUCAUCACGACGAAACUGGUGAACUUGUGAGAGACUACACUCCGACCACUCUUGCGAUUCUAGAGCAGGAGACAGAUGCUCCAUAUGGCAGUCUGUCUCCUAACCAGAUAUCAGAGGAAGACCUGACCCCUGUUGAGGAGGACGGUGGGAAUCCAAUCAUUGAUGUCGUUACCCCCACCAGACAGAUUGUAUUAACUACUGCCCCUGCUGGAGAGGAGCUGUCUGAUUUGGGACUCCCAAUCACAACACUUUCAGGCAUCACAGGCCAACCGCCCACUGAGCAAAUAGUGAACCUUGAAGAAGACGAAGAAGUUAAUGCCCUUCCGGAUGAGGAAGGAGCUGAUCUGGGUGUCCUUGAACCUCACGACCUCGUUGAGGUUUUGAAACCAGAGGUGCAAGAUGUUUCAGAUUUGGAAACUGAAGUUGAAUAUUUGGAACCAGAGCGAGAGUUAGUGGUGGAACCCGAUGAAGAAGUGCUCGGGGUUUUGCAGCCAACACCUGAACAAUUUGAAGUUACUGAAACAUGGGAAUGGAAUUAUGGAAAAGAUCCUGAUAUAGAAGAAGUUUCAGAGCCAGAGGAAGAAGUAGAGGAAGUUUCAGAGCCAGAGGAAGAAGUAGAGGAAGUUUCAGAGCCAGAGGAAGUUUCAGAGCCAGAGGAAGAAGUAGAGGAAGUUUCAGAGCCAGAGGAAGUUUCAGAGCCAGAGGAAGAAGUAGAGGAAGUUUCAGAGCCAGAGGAAGAAGUAGAGGAAGUUUCAGAGCCAGAGGAAGAAGUAGAGGACGUUUCAGAGCCAGAGGAAGAAGUAGAGGAAGUUUCAGAGCCAGAGGAAGAGUCAGUGGUAGAAAAUCAAGAAGAGGUGGUAGCUUCAGAACCAGAAGAAAUAGAGGGAAAGGAGCUUGACAAAGUUUCAGAACCAGUUGAGGUUUUAGAGACAAAAGGAUCCAAACCAGAGGAAGAACCGGACGAUAGUGCAGUUGAGCUUUUUAAAGAAGAAGGCUUGGAAGAGGGAGUAGAUGUUUUGCAACUAGAAAAGGAAAUUCCAGGAGAGGUAAUAGAGGAAGGUCUGUUUGAGGUGACAUAUCCUGUUCCACAACCUGAGAAAGAUGAAGAGGUUUCAGAAGAAGCAGAGGAAGAGUCAGAACUCGGUAGGGAUGUAGAUGAGUUUACGGAACAAGAAGACGAGAUGGUUGGUCCUGGAAGAUCAGAGGAAAUAGUUCCUGAAGUCUCAGAGGAAACAGCACCUGAAGUUCCAGAGGAAAGAGUACCUGAAGUUUCCGAGGAAACGGUACCUGAAGUUCCUGAGAAAACAGUACCUGAAGUUCCUGAACUGGAAGCAGAGGUAGUGGAGAAGGAAGCAGUUGAUGUGAAACCUGUAGAAGAGGAGGUCACUGAGGUUCCAGAACUAGAGGAUGAGGUUGUAGAAUCACAGGAGGAAGUGGUGGAGAUUUCCAAAGUAGAAGAAGAUGUUGUUGAAACUCCAGAGCCAGGUGAAGGUGUGGUUGACGUAUUAGAACCAGCACCUGAACCAGAAUCAGGGCCAGAACAGGAAGGGCAUGUAACUAAAGUGACAGAACCAGAAGAUGGGGUAGUUAAGGCUGCAGAAUCAGAGGAGGAACCAGACAAGGUUUCAGAACCAAGUGAAGAAGUGGUAGAAGUUGUAGAGAUAGCGCCACAACCAGGGAAAGAUGUAGCAGAAGUACCAGAUGUACUACAACCAGAGGAGGAUGUACAAUUAGUGGAAGACAUGGUUGCAGUUCCAGUACUGGAGAAAGAACCUAUGGACAUUCUGGAACCGCAACCUCCACCAGAAGCUGGAAAAGAGGGAGCUGAUGUUUUUGAUGAAAAACAAGAGGAGGUAGUUGAGAAUCCAGUGCCAGCAUCAGAACCAGUUGAAGGCGCAGAUCAUGUUUUGCCACCAGCAGAAGACUUACCCGGGGUUUCCGAACCAGAAUCGGAAGAGGAAGUAGUAGUUGACGUCCCAGAACCAGAGGAGCCGCCAGCCGAAUCAAUUAAAAUCCUUCGCCCCUUGGACGGCAGGGGAGAUCUUCACUUUGGAGAGGAUUCUGUUGAAGAUAACGAGUUCCUUCCACCGGUCAGACCGGACUAUCACCGGCCAAAUGAGGAAGAUAACUUAUCCAACAUACCAAUAGACAUCCAACCUUCUGAAGAAGAUGUAGGCGAACCCGACCACGAAUAUACCAUCAUUGAUGACUUUUACAUUGAGGAGGAGGUUGAUGGUGUAGACGCACAAGUGGAGAGUGACACUGGUGCCGUCAAGAGCUCAGAAACAUCAAAGGGUGCUCUGCCAUUUGAAACAACCUCUGAUAUUGCAGAGGUGACGGCUCCAGACAGGCACGACACAUCAGAGGACUCUGAAGUCAUAGAGGACUUGCCGGAGGAGACACAGGAAAGAGACAUCAGUGUAACAGCAGCACCGGAUUCAGACUUCUUCCCUACACCUCCGGCUACUUCUACGGAUGCGUUUGAAGUGUCCUCACCCGGCCUAACUAUAGACUCUGGACUCUUUGAGGUAGCGGAGCAAUCUGUAAUCCCCUCCGCUCCCGAGUCUUCAGAGGAUGAUAGCACAGAGCCAGAGGCAGAGUCGGAGCAAAGUGAGCCAGCUGUUGUCAUUAUCGAUGAAGACUUGGAAGAGGCAGUGCAGAAAGGAGGCGAAAGCCAAACCAACCCACCGACAGCUGCUGAAGACGCCGUUGACGAGGCUGUGAAGGACCUGGCGGUGGAGUUGGAUCAAACGGACGUAACGGCCACAGAGGCAAACGAGCUGCCGGACGAGGCGAGUGGUUCCCUACCUGUGGCUGAGGAACGCACAACUGUCGGCGUCACCGCCCCGCCUCCGGUGAGAUACCUGACCACACCUUCCAUGACCACGGCCACCCAGGGCAGGGAGCUGGUGGUGUUCUUCAGCCUGCGCGUCACCAACUUGAACUUCUCCGAGGACCUCUUCAACAAGACGUCUUCCGAGUACAGAUCCCUGGAGAACACCUUCUUAGACGUGCUGCUGCCGUUCCUGCAGGCGAACCUCACGGGCUUCAAGAAACUGGAAAUUCUCAACUUCAGGAAGGGCAGCGUUGUCGUCAACAGCAAGAUGAAGUUCGCCAAGUCUGUGCCGUACAACAUCACCGAGGCCGUCCACUGCGUCCUGGAGGAGUUCUGCUCCUCCGCCUCCAAGAACCUGCACAUCCACAUCGACACCCGCUCUCUGGAUGUUGAACCAGCUGACCAGGCCGAUGCCUGCAAGUUCCUGGCCUGCGAUGAGUUUUCCCGCUGCGUGGUGAACGGCAGGACGAAGGAGGCGCAGUGUCUGUGUGAUCCGGGCUACCUGUCGGUGGACGGCCUGCCCUGUCAGAGUCUUUGUGUCCUCCAGCCCGACUACUGCCAAGGAGGAGAGUGCCACAUAGUUCCUGGACACGGAGCCCUGUGCAGAUACAAAGACAGUUAUUCCCUCCCGGGGCUGGCCAGUUAAGAAAAUAUAUCAGAUUGGACGUCACCUGAGAAUACUACACAAGACUCGAUGAAACAGGACGCCGCCGCAGGAACUCGGGACUCGUCAAGGCCUCACAGUUAAAAAUCCAAAACGCUGCUGAGCUGAAGAGGCUUCAGGACAAACUCCUCAGAGCUCUGAGCUUCGUAUCAAAGGACAAUCUCCUUCCAGGGGGAAACUGACAUUUAGGCCGCUUUGAAAACUGUCGGAUAGCCGUCGUCUGCAGCCACAAGCAGCGUGACGGCGAAGAGGAGCUCAGUGGACGAGUCUGCAGCAGCGAUCAGGUGUCGGCUAAUGAUCGACUCUGUGACUGUUUUUGUACCCGUCUGCUGAUUGUUUGUGUUUCUGUAGUAAAUAGGUUGGUCGUUGUUAAAAAUACACACAGGAUCUGAUGUGAA